UUUAUUUUUUAUUUUUACCACCCCUUAAAUUAAAUAACCGCUCAGAUUACCACCCAUUUCAAAAUUCCGAUGAAGUUUCCGACAGUGGGCCCCACUUUUUUUAAUUUUUUUUCUUUUUUUUCUUCUAUUCUCUAGAUUUCCCACUCUCUCACCCCGAUUUUUUCACUCUCCAUCUUCUUCCUGCCUUCCAUUUCAAGCUCACUUCCAAAUUCUUCCUCUUCUUCAUCUACAAUUCCCCACCGGCAACACCACCCACCAAUUUCCUGGACAACCACCAUAAUCAACGCGCUAUCACCUUACACGCAGCGCCGCAUCUAGCCAUCACUGCAAGCCACUUGCAAGCCGCCGGACCUCCAUAUCGAACAGCUAAAACAUCAAUUCACACCCACAAAUCAGCCCCAAAAAUAAAUUAAGAAGAAAGAAUAAGGUCGAUUUAGGGUUCAUGCUUCAAUUGAAUUGGGGGUUUUCUUAAAUUAGGGUUCCUAUUUUAAGAAAACCCCCAAUUCAAUUGAAUUGGCAGGUGGUGGUGGGAGUUGGUGUGGUAAGUUCGUUGCGAUGGUUGUGAACUUAUGGUUGAUUUGAAUUAGCUAGUUGUUGACUAUGGUUUGAUGCGAUAGAGUUUGCGCCGGAGGUGGAUGAUUAUGGUGAUGAUGAUGAUGAUUUUGUAGGUUGUUGUUUGAACUAUUAUUAUUGUUGUUGUUUUGAGAGAGUGACUGAGACAUCAUCAUCACCAUUAACAACAACAGCAACAACAACAACGAAACGAAUAAUCUGCGAACAACAUUUACAGUUCACUCUCAUUAUUUUAAGGUUUUACAGUAAUGAUUUCGUACACAAAAAAAAAAAAAAAAGGCCAAACUGGGGAAAAUUACAAAUGGGUUUUUGCAAUUUUGUGUGAUUGUUUUGUAAAAUAAGUAUGUAAUUGAUUUGAAUUAGCUAGUUUGAAGCAGAAAAUUGUUUGAUUCAAUGAAGAAGGCAGGAAGAAGAUGGAGAGUGAAAAAAUCGGGGUGAGAGAGUGUGAAAUCCAGAGAAUAGAAGAAGAAAAAGGAAAAAAAUAAAAAAAGUGGGGCCCACUGUCGGAAACUUCACCGAAAUUUUAAAAUAGGAUAAUGUGAGCGGUUAUUUAAUUUAAGGGGUGGUAAAAUAAAAAUAAAAAUUAAACGGGAGGUUAUUUUUAAAACAGGUACAUUUUUGGGUGGUUAUUUACAAAUUGUCAUUAAAAUAUUUUAAUUAUGGGAUCAAAAAAAAAAAAUCAAACUGUAUUAGUUACGAGUAAAACUUUAAUUCUUUCUGUUACGAGUACUCCGUAGCCCUUACGGAGUACAAUAUUUCACAACAAAAUUUCGAUAAUUGACAACAACAAAAAAUGUGGCUAAACUAGCAUUUUCUCUCUUGGCUCUUUUCAUUGGUAUCAUCUUGCACAAUAAUUUAUUGCACCUGGCAGAAAAAUUCUCUCUUUUUCUCUGCCUGUCUAAUAACUCCCAAAACAAAAAAUCCAGCAAAAAUGUUAACUUAUUUCACAAAUUCAGUUCCCAACACUUCACUCAGAAUCCCCUACUUUCUCUCUCCUCAAGUUCCCACCUCCAAUCCCAGGGCAAAAAUGAUGUCUUCUUCUCUACCAGAGAAUCGCAUUGUUCUAGGUUGUGGAGGUGUAGUUGUGGACUUGUUAGCUGCUGUUGCAAGCUAUCCUAAGCCAGAUGACAAGAUUAGAAGCACCAGUUUUCAGGUUCAAGGAGGUGGUAAUGCUGGAAAUGCUUUGACAUGCGCUGCUCGGCUGGGGUUACAUCCAAGGCUAAUAUCCAAGGUUGCUGAUGAUGCUCAAGGUAGAGGAAUACUAGAAGAGCUUGAAGCUGAUGGUGUUGAUACUUCUUUCGUUGUUGUCUCACCAGAGGGUAAUUCACCAUUUACCUAUAUCAUUGUCGACAAUGAAACGAAGACUCGCACGUGCAUUCAUACUCCUGGAUACCCCCCAUUGGUACCAGAAGAACUCUCCCAGUCAAGAUUAGAAUCUGCUAUAGAUGGAGCAGGGCUUGUAUAUUUUGAUGUUAGACUGCAUGAAACUGCUAUAGUAAUUGCGAAAGAGGCAACUCGUAGAAAUAUUCCUAUUCUAGUUGAUGCAGAAAAGAAGAGAGAUGGGCUGGAUGAGCUUUUGAGUUUUGCCACAUAUGUGGUGUGCACAGCGAAAUUUCCACAGGUAUGGACAGAAGCUUCUUCUGUACCAACAGCCCUUCUUUCCAUGUUGUUGAGAUUACCUAAAGUUAAGUUUGUGAUUGUGACUCUUGGUGAAGAUGGAUGUAUCAUGCUUGAAAGAAGUCACAACAAAGCUUCAAAUUCAGAGGAAAUGUGUAUCGACGAAGUUUUUGAAUCUCUGAAGCGAAAGGCACCCAGUGACGACUCCAAGCCAUCCUGUGUUUCAUCGUCUGUGGUGACAUUGAAAGCAGAUGGGAUUGGGACACUAUGUGGGAGGCUACACGUGGGGACAGCUGAAAAGAUUCCACCCUCUGAACUCGUUGAUACAACGGGUGCUGGAGAUGCAUUUAUUGGAGCAGUUCUUUAUGCUUCAUGUGUGAAGUUGCCUCCAGAGAGGAUGUUGCCGUUUGCUUCGCAAGUGGCUGCCUGUAGCUGUAGAGCAUUGGGAGCUCGGUCAGGUCUCCCCCAUCACUCAGAUACUCGUCUUGCACCAUUUUUACACGAGGGUUCUGAAAUUGCUGGUCUGGUGCCAUGAGUGUGCGUAAGCAAAAUUGGUAUAUACCUUAUUACCUUAUAAGAAAAUGUGCAUUUCUACCCUGUAUAAUAUUGUAACUUGCCCCAAAUUGGCAUUUCCACCCUGUAUGACUUUGUAACUUGCCCCGAAUUGGCAUUUCUAAUUACUGACUAUUAUGAAUGCAUUGGCUGAUUUUGUACGGUGAUCAUCAGUUAUCCUUUUGUCAAUUCCUUAACGAAUUCUUUUGAUGUUCU